GACUAACAAUCGAUUUAAAAAUGGGUGAUGUUGAAAGGGGCAAGAAGAUUUUUGUCCAGAAGUGUGCCCAGUGCCAUACUGUGGAAAAGGGAGGCAAACACAAGCCUGGGCCAAAUCUCCAUGGUCUAUUUGGGCAAAAGACAGGUCAGCCCCCUGGAUUUUCUUACACAGAAAGAAAGAACAAAGGCCAACAAGAACAAGGUCUCACUUGGGGAGAUGCUACACUGAUGGAGUAUUUGGAGAAUCCCAAGAAGUACAUCCCUAGAAUAAAAACGAUCUUUGCUGACAUUAAGAAGAGUGUAGAAAGGGCAGACUUGAUAGCUUAUCUCAAAAAAGCUACUAAUGAGUAAUAGUUGGCCACUGCCAUAUUUAUUACAAA